UAUAAUGGUUUAUUGUGUACAGCUGGUGAACACCCAAAGAUCAAGUUUUAUGAAAAUUGUUACACUACAUAAGACCAAUAAAGAAAAGGAAGUUAUGGCCACGUUGGGUGUUCCCAAAUAUGGAGAAGAAUGCUGACUGGACAUUUUUCCAGCAGACAGUCACACUCUCCAUGAUGAGGGUUGGCCACAAAAGGUCACAGAGAGCCAUUUCCAAGCAUUUUUCAGGAGAAAGUUGAGUGGGAGGAAAAACUGUGGUGAAAAAAUAUGCAUAUAUGAAUUUCACUAUUUCUGAAAUGAAAAACCUUUACAAUGAUAUUCAAAUUAUUUGAAAUGCACUUUUAUGGUUAGUUCUCAUUUUAAAAACUGGGAAAUUUGACUGAACUGGCAUUGGACGUAAAUUGGACCUAUUUUGUUUGUAAAGUGCUACGAGAUGAUAUAUGUUGUUAAUUGGCCCUGUAUGAUUACACUAAAUGCAAUGUGAAAAUGCACACUGAGUUGUCUGUAAAGACAAAUAUCCCCGUGAUAAAAUAAAAUAAAAGACAUUUACUUAAACGUCUUAAAUACUUUAUACAAAAAUCUGUAAUCUUACAUGGUGAGACAAAUAUUAAGAGAAGUGGCAAACAGUUAUACAAUGUGCUUAAUGAGUACUGCUGUGACUUUUGGGGUUCAAAAGUUACAAAAAUAUGCAAUAAUUAAAAAAACAAAACCAGUAAAUGCUUAAAUUGGCACGAGGAAAGUGUUUCUGGAAAACAUUUGCUCUCAUAAACAAAUACAUUGAAUUAUUCAGGGACUGUAAGAAAAGAAGCUGAAUCUGUGGUUUCUAAGGAAGAACAAUACACUAACAGUUUUUAUCCCUUUAAAAGCGGCUGUCAGUCGAAGAAACAAUCAGGAAAAUCACUUUUGUCUACAGAAAAUAUAAAGAAACAUUUAAGACUAGAUAAAAAACAAGGGAUCUGAUACUCAACAUGGCGGGGUCCCAUAAAAACCCAGCUUACAAAUAAUUACUAGAAUAAAAAAUACAAAAUAAUAAGGACGUUCGCCUGGAAAACUCAUUUAACAUCAAUCCAGGGUAAAAAGAUGCAAUUAAUUAUUUUAAAAGGAAAAUAAAUUAGAGAAAAACCCACAAAAUGAUAAAUCUUGUUUUUUCUUAAUUAAGGCCCCUAAUAUGAAGAGCAGAAGGGAAAACAAGAGGAGGGAAAUGUAAACUUGUGUCCUAAUGUUCAGAAGAUAUCAGUUUCAGUGUAAGUUACCCCAACUCAAGUCCUGUCGUGCAAUUCAUUGUGUAACAAGACUGCAGCUCGUUCAGGCCGGUCACUGUGCAAAAAAGUGUCAAAACACAACAAAAUAGAGUCAAAAAAUGCAUCAUUUCCCAGCAGACUGCACAUCAAAUCCCAGUCUUUAGAAAGGAAAUAAAUAGAUAAAAAAAAUAAAUAAAAUGGCUGCAGCGUACAGGAAACACAAGGCCACACAGGCCUAAAACUGAUAACAGAGAUUUAAAUAAAAAUGGCCAAACAGGACGAACACAGAACAUUAAACUUCAAGAAGCUUUGAGAUAAAUUCUAAUGUUUUAAGAUUUAAUUUAAGAUUUAAAAAUGAAGAUUAAAAACAUCUUUUCAUGGAAAGGCACACAUUUACCUGCACAAACUGUAAGAAAAUAAAAGUUGUGGUCAUACUUUGUAGUUUUACUAAAAUACGUGACAUGAUCGAGUGCGAUGCAGACAACCCAGCAUCAAGGUAUUGGAAACAGGGAUGGAGCUACAGUCACAGGCCUGAAACUGAUGAACACACACAUUCACAGCCUGCAGAGUGUAACCAUUUGGCCACACUUUGAGAGAGGGGUUGGGGUGGUGUGGGGUUUUUAUUGCACAAGAACACUUGGCAUGGGGCAGAUAGAUUCUUAUUGGCAUGGGGUGGAAGGGUCCUGGGUGGAGGGGUCCUGGGUGGACGGGUUCUUAUUGGCGUGGGAUGGAGGGGUUCUGGGUGGGCGGGUUCUUAUUGCCGUGGGAUGGAGGGGUUCUGGGUGGGCGGGUUCUUAUUGCCGUGGGUUGGACGGGUUCCUAUUGGCAUGGGGUGGAGGGGUCCUGGGUGGACGGGUUCUUAUUGCCGUGGGUUGGACGGGUUCCUAUUGGCGUGGGGUGGAGGGGUCCUGGGUGGACGGGUUCUGGGUGGACGGGUUCUUAUUGGCGUGGGAUGGAGGGGUUCUGGGUGGGCGGGUUCUUAUUGGCGUGGGAUGGAGGGGUUCUGGGUGGGCGGGUUCUUAUUGCCGUGGGUUGGACGGGUUCCUAUUGGCAUGGGGUGGAGGGGUCCUGGGUGGACGGGGUUUGGGUGGACGGGUUCUUAUUGCCGUGGGUUGGACGGGUUCCUAUUGGCGUGGGGUGGAGGGGUCCUGGGUGGACGGGUUCUGGGUGGACGGGUUCCUAUUGGCAUGGGGUGGAGGGGUCCUGGGUGGACGGGUUCUUAUUGCCGUGGGUUGGACGGGUUCCUAUUGGCAUGGGGUGGAGGGGUCCUGGGUGGACGGGGUCUGGGUGGACGGGUUCUUAUUGGCGUGGGAUGGAGGGGUUCUGCGUGGGCGGGUUCUUAUUGCCGUGGGUUGGACGGGUUCCUAUUGGCGUGGGGUGGAGGGGUCCUGGGUGGACGGGUUCUGGGUGGACGGGUUCUUAUUGGCGUGGGAUGGAGGGGUUCUGGGUGGGCGGGUUCUUAUUGCCGUGGGUUGGACAGGUUCCUAUUGGCGUGGGGUGGAGGGGUCCUGGGUGGACGGGUUCUUAUUCGACCCUUUGACUCUCUCAGGUUGUAGACGUGGGUUAAAAAGGUUUUUACAUGUGAAGUUGAUGAACAUUUAA